AUGGCUCAUACUUCCUCUGGAGUUGAUACUGUUGUUGAAGAACUGAGUAGGCUAGACAUUCAAUCUGGCUUUCCUGAAGUUCUUCAGCAAGAGUUGGGAUUCCUGAUUUCGUUUAUGGCCCACCUAUAUGAUUGUGAGGAAUCUGAAAAUGAAAUUCAUCUUCACAACGGAAUUGUAGCUCUUGACGUUCUACUGAAAGAAGUUGGUCUUAUCAAUGAACUCGGAAACAUCCGUGGCAUUGAAGAUUGGGAUUCUAAUCUUGCAUACUUGAAAGCUGAUGUUCUUGAUUUUGUGAAAGACCAAAUCGUUGUUCUUUGGAGAAAACUCAGUGUCCUGAGAACCCUUGUUGAUUUCUCGGCGAAAACAUGUACUGACCAUCAGAAUCUGCAAGAAUUCCUGCAUUUUGUGAAGGAUUUGGUGGACAAUACAUCUUUUUUGUCCCGUUUCUUCUUGCUGAAAGGGAAGGAACCAUGGCCAAAGGACUGGAAACUGUCUAUUCUGAUCAAUUUGACAAGUUUUCGCGUUGGUGAAGUUGUCAUCAACCUUGUUGAUGUUCUAUUACCAAAAGGUUCAGUUGAUCCUUUGAAGGAACGUACUGAAAUCCUUGAAGAAGGGUUGAUAUAUAUCAUAUCCUUCUUCAUAGAUCCAGGACAGGAGGAUGUAGCAAACGCCGGAGAUGGAUUUUUCGUACGAAUUGAUGCUGUUAUUCCUGAGGUGCUGUUAAAUUUCUACAAUUCAAUCACACUAUGCAUUUACUGUAUUUCUUAUGGGAAUAUCAAUCAAUUAUCUACAAAUGGUGAAACGGAAUCCCAAGAGGAUUGCAUUUGGAAGCAUCAAAUUAAGCUGAUCCUUGAGGAGCUUAUUUCUCUAAAACCAUUCCUGGAAACUAUCUUAGAGCUGAAAAAAGAGAGAAGAGAUCUAGAAGCUCUUUGGAAACAAAUCAUCGAUACGAUAUUCCUAGCAGAGCAUGUUAUCAGCUCAUUUCUAAUCAUAGAUGAUCCUAUUUGGUAUGAUAUGUUACGUCUUUCAGAUGUGAAGGAAACUAUCAAGAUCAUUCAUAUUGAAGUGAAAAAGUACAUGGAUCAGUUGCACAAGGCCGAAAUGUCAAGUGAUGUAACAAGUUCUAGUCGUGUCUCCAUGAGGCAAGCAAAUCCUGCAAGCCUCAAAAAUGUUGUGGUGGGUCGGGGAAAUGAGGUAAAGGGGAUGAUUGACUCAAUAGAGGAACAAAAAAUGUAUAAACCUAGACAAUUGUACUUUGACAUUUUAACUGAUGUGAUUGGUGACGAUGCUCACCAAUCUUACUCUGCUAGGACCGAUGAUGAUUUGGCUGAAACACUCCGGAAAAAGCUGAAGCAACAAAGGUAUCUCAUUGUGUUGGAUGACAUUUGGAGCAUUGAUACUUGGAAUAGCCUAAAAGAUUCAUUUCCGGAUGAUGGUCAGGGAAGUCGUAUCGUGUUUACUAGCCGAAUCCAUGAUAUGGUAUCACAAACAAAGCCGAAUUGCAGUCCCUAUCCUCUUUGUUCACUUUCUGAUGAGGAGAGUUGGGAGUUGUUGCGAGGGAAACUAUUCCAUGACCCUACUUCUCCUCUUGACCAUUGGCGAGUCCAUAUCCACCACCGAUAUUGGACCGACCCAUUAAUCGAGCGUGAAAGUCCCAACGAUGAUGAAACCCUAGCGGGAUUCCAGGAGAGGCAGAAGCGGAACAGAAACGACCGGCAGUCGAAAAGAAAGAAAACCUCCACAAAGCCAACUAGUCAUGGAGGGCUAAGGUUUCCCCUGUACCCUUUGUUUGGAGAAAUAGUUCAGUAUUACCAGAUCCCCCUUGCUCGAUUUAUACCGAACUUGAUAUCGGCAGUCCUCAAAUUCACGAGGAUUCGUGAGUUGAGGAAGGUUGAACCCCUACUAUUAGUGUGGAGGUACUUUUUCAAGGUUUGCGUCCCCUCGACAAAAGACAAGGACUGGUAUAACGUCAAAAGAAAUCCUACGUCGGGCGCAAAGCAGAUAGUAGAACUCUUUGACAGUUCUCCAAUGUGGAAACCAAAUUACUUGUUUGUACAGGCGCCAGAGGAGUUUUGCGUAACCUGGGAUCACCGUGAAUCCCGAGAGAUGGGCGUCAUAGCUGAUGUCUGGUCUAAAUCCGACAAGGCCAGGAUCGAGCACCAUAGAGAUGACAUUACUGCUCUGGAAUCCUUCGAGAAUUAUCUCUACUGGACAAAAGUUAUGUCGUCGAGCAAGAACACCAUUGGCUUGUUUGGUGACGCCAGGAUUUUUGAUAUUAAAAAUUCAGAUGACGAAGAGUCCUCCACCCAAGUUAGCCGGAAUAGGAAGCUGAGAAGGUUGGUGAAAGCGUCCAAAGCAGGCACUAAGUUGAAGAAGAAGAAGAAGAAACAGCAGACUCCAGCUGCCGAGAAGGAAGCACUGAUCGAGGAAGUUACCCCGGUCGAGGAGGAUAGGCCCGUGGAAGCGAUCAUUCUCAUGCGUAAAAAGAAGCUAAGGGAGGAGAUCUCCAGCCUAGAGCUCGAGAAGGGGUUCCUCGAGCACGAAAAGGCGAUUAACGAGGAAGCCAAGAAGAAGGAGCAGCUAAUUCAAGCUGCUAAGGAAGAAGAGCUAGCCAGGGCCCAAGCUAUGCAUAUAGACCUCAAGGCCAAGCUGAAAGAAUAUGGGGAAACCCAUAUACCCAAGGUGGGGUUGCAGGCAUGGGUGACCGCCUUUUGGAAUAGGAUGUUGCCUACGGGCGGGAUGGCUAACGUCAUGAAUGGGUUGCUGCGGCUGUCCACCGAGCAAAUCCCCCUGUUUGAGCCUUUGUGCGACGCCAUCCCCCGGAUGGGUUCACCUUCGGAGAUCACUGCCUUCAAAGGAGAUGCCUCAACGGUGCUACCUGCUGAACCCUGGGAAGAGAUGAGGGUACCAGAGCUGGACCGAGAUUUUAUUGGAAUCGAGUUGGCUUCUGAUAGAGACUCCUUAGAGGAGGUCGAGGAGGAAGAGAAGGAAGGCCAAGAGCAGGAAGUCGAGGAGGAUCCAGUCGGCGAGGAAGAGGAGCACCCGACAGGGAAUCCUGUAGAGGAGGCCAGUGGGAGCCUUCCAAAUGUCCCGCCCAACCCAAACACUGAGCCCUAUUACGUCCACACCGUGCAUCUGUUGAUCCUUGAAGCAGAAGAGAUUAAACAAUUCCCUAUGUACGCCAUGAUUUCGUCGGCGUUAAGAAAAUUCGGGAACGUCCACAAUACCUCCAUAGUGGGAGCAAUCGAAAAAGAAUUUGCGGAUGCUGUUCAAGUCUAUAACGUGCAAGUGCAUUCCCACUUGGUUCGACAUUUUAAGCAAAAGGAGGAGGAAUGGAGACGCCGACUCCACCAGUAUGACCUCGACUUCCAAGACUCCCUGAUUUUAGAGGCCAAUAUCAGCGACGAGAUAAAAAAGCUGAAAGACGAAAAUGCUCGACUGAGGAAGCGAGAGAAGAUCACGGUGUCUCCAUGGUUCCUCGAGAAAUUCAACUUGCUUGCCUUGGUCGAGAAGCAGAUAGAAGUUUGGACGGAGUGUUUUAUAGCUGCCAUCAAACUCUUAAAGAGGAGGACUAAAGAAGCAGAGUUCUAUUCAAAACAGGUUGCUGUGCUGCAGAACAUAUUGGUUGACAAUGAGAUCGCUCUACCCAUCUUUGACGAUCUCGAUCCAAAUGAGGUGGCAAAAGAAAGGACCACUGCUGAGGAAUUCCUGCUCAAAAUCGACGAACAAGACUGGGAGAUUGAAGACUUGAAGGAUAAGCUAGGCCAUUGUAUUAACCAGCUUAGGGCCAUUGGGUUCUCUGGGGUCAUUAAGCCUUCCCGAGUCACAACCCCAGAGGAAAAAAUCUUAAGAUUUAAAUGUAUAGUGCUAUAAUACAUUCUCCUCAGGCUUGUGUGAGCGAUUAAAUGUAUAAUAGUGUAAUACAUUCUUUUCGAGCUUGUAUAAGCGUCGAUUAUGUAAAUGUGCUCGAGUCACAAUUUGUAAAAGCGCUUUAUGGGCUGGAUGUAAAGUACACGGCGUUGUCGAGGAACUAGGUAUGGGUCCCUCAAUAACAUAUUACCCUAAUCUAUGGUGGAUACGAGGGAAGGUCCUCGGUUUGUGUGUUCGGAUGUUGAAUACAUGGCACGAUCGAAGAUGGCCCUAAAGAGGGUGUCCAUCUCACUGACUAGUCAUGAAACAGUGUCGACACAUUUAAAGUAUGAAAAUUAUGUAACGACUUUUAUUAAUAA